UUUGUUUUGUAUUGAGUUUUUUGGAUUAAUCAAUGAUUUGCCUUUUCGGAUUGAAAAGACGGUGAAGCUUUAGACUUCGUGUACUUAAUGAUUUGACUUGAAAUCUUGAGCCAGUUUUUGUUGAACACAAAAAACAGGGGAUACCAACUUCUAUUUUAUGUAUAUUUCCUGCCUUCCAUUGACGGCUUUAUCAUAUCGCGCGCGCGCCAUCUUUUCGUUUAUAACGUCUUUUUGUUGAAUUUUAAGCUUCAAGUUGAAUGGCAUUGUGUAUAGGUAUGAGAGGGCCAAAAAAAAAUUGUGUGGAGUGACUUUGCAAUUCUUUUCGGAUUUUUGAUGUCUAAUUUCGAUUUCAGUUCUUGCCGCACCCGUCACUGUUGAUGAAGUGUAUUGUGAUUGUGUUGUUGUUGAUGAUUUUUUAGAGAGAUACCUACCUACCCAAAAAAUCUGAAGGUCAUUCUUGUUAGUGAGAGAGAAUUUGUGCUUAAUUUUUUUUAUUAAUUUUUGGAUACAUUUUUUUUUAUUGAAUACGGGUUUUUUUUGAAAGAAUACAAUAAUUUUUUUAAUUUGCGCCUGGAAAAAUACAAACAAUGAGCUCAUUUCUGAUGGGUUACCCGCAUGCGCCGCACGUUCAAAACCCAAUGGGUUCGGGGCUAGAGCCCAAAUUCCCUCCAGCUGAUGACUAUCACAUGUACAAUGGAUAUAGUAUGUCAACCGGUCCAAUUGGACAUCAUCAGGGCCACAUUGGCAGUGAUUACAUGUCGAAUGGGCACAAUAGUGGCAGCUUGCAUCAUCAGAGUUCAAAUAGCUUUAACUACUCACCGCAUCAUCAUCAUCACCAGAGUAUAGGAAGUGCCGCCGGGUAUUAUCAUCAUCCACAUCCGCAUUCACACCCGCAUAGUGGUUAUUCAACACAUUCGGUGCAUUCGCCUGUUUCGGCAACGGCGGGAACGGAAGCAGCGAUAGCGAAUAAUGGAUACGCGAACUCCAAUUCGAAUGGCGGAUAUUAUGGUGGAUAUUAUGGUGCGAGUAAUGGUCACCAUCAGAUGCUGGAUUUACCUAUUCAGUGUCCGAAUACAGAACCGACCAAUACCGUCCUAGGAUUACAAGAAUUAGGCUUAAAGUUGGAAAAACGAAUAGAAGAAGCCGUCCCCGCAGGUCAACAACUCCAAGAAUUGGGAAUGCGAUUGCGAUGUGAUGACACCAGUUCUGAGCAUGACGAUAUGCUGGAGGAAGAUCGUUUGAUGUUGGACAGAUCACCCGAUGAGAUGGGCUCACAUGAGAAUGACGAUGAUUUGUGUGAAACCGAUUCGGACGAUGAUCUCAAUUGUGAAACAACAGACGGCGAAAGAGUUAUUUAUCCUUGGAUGAAAAAGAUUCAUGUUGCUGGAGUUGCAAAUGGAUCAUUUCAGCCGGGCAUGGAACCGAAACGUCAACGUACCGCCUACACGCGCCAUCAAAUCCUUGAAUUGGAAAAAGAAUUCCAUUACAAUCGAUAUUUGACAAGACGGAGGCGGAUAGAAAUCGCACAUACUUUGGUGCUGUCGGAGCGGCAGAUCAAAAUCUGGUUCCAGAAUCGACGAAUGAAAUGGAAAAAGGAUAAUAAAUUGCCAAACACAAAGAAUGUUCGCAAGAAAAAUACUACCGAUGCAAAUGGCCAGCCUGUGCCGAAUAAGAAACCAAAAAGGACGAGUAAUUCGAAGAAACAACAAGCUGUGCAAAAUGAGUGCAUCCGUUCGGAUAGUCUUGAAAGUAUAGGCGACGUCAGUUCAUCUCUAGGGAAUCCACCAUAUAUACCGGCUGCUGGUGGUGAAGCUGCCAAUUUAAUUCCACAACAACAACAACAUCCAACCUAUCAAGGAUCUCAACAUCAAACAAACCAUCCUAGUAACAAUAACAACAACAAUAAUACCAGUACAGCGAACAAUAAUAACAAUAAUCUAGCGCUACAUAAUCAAAUGCACACGGGAAUGCAUCAGCAUCCUGUGAUGACCAAUCUCAGUCAUAUAAAACAGGAUUAUGACCUGACGUCCCUGUAGGACGAUGUCAAAUUCAUUGAAGAGAGUUUUAUAAGGAAUUUCUAGCAUUGUAAACUACACAAAACAUAAUGUUUGUUUCUCUUUUCUUUGAACUUUUUGUAACUCUGUUGUAAAUUUUAUUAAAAAAAAAAGUAAACAUUUUAUUUCUCUCACGAAAGUGCAAAUAAUGUUCCGAUAAAAUUGAAAAAAAUAAACAAACAAAAUAAAAAUGAUUGAUGAUGAUUAAUUUUUUGUCAAAAUAGAAACGUAAAAAUUGUAUUUAUAUAUGCGUAGGUGUUAAUGG